AUGCCUCCGGAGUGGCUGCCCUUCGCUGUACGCUUCCUGCAGGGCCAUGGCUUGCUGCUCAGCCACGAGCGGCACAUGAGCCAUCACGAGGACCUCGAGCACCAGUUCACGAUCCUCUCGGGCCACACGGAUGUGAUCGUGGACGGCGCUUGCAGCCUCGUGCCGCCGGUGAGGUAUGACCUCUGGUUCCUGAUCGGGGUCCUCUGGUUCCUCCUGCCCAUCUUUGCCGACGUCGCAUGCCAGGACGCGGUGCACAGGCCCGGGGCGAUCGCCUGCGAGAGGGUCGAAGGGGAACGCGCCGGGCGCAGCUGCUUCUCGAUCGCCGCCGGGCCGCACGAGAAGGUGUAG